UUUUCCGAGAACGAGGCAAUAACAUAGCUGAAAGGAAGAUGGCGUCCAGACAAACGGGAAAGUUAGAGCCUAAAUUAAGUAAAACUGACAGAAAAGCUCUGAAAAAGCAAGCGAGAAAGCUUCUGUCAUUACAGCGAAAUGAAGAUGGCCUAAAAUUGUCCGAAACACCAACGAGGCACAUUGUAAUAGGGAAUGGAGGCCUCAUGUGUGGCAUGGAGCGAAGUUCCUUAUUGCGUUUGUUUGGAAGAUUUGGCCACGUGGAAGAACUGUGUAUGAUCCCCAAAAAGCAGUUUGCUUUAUUAUCAUAUCAGAAGGAAUCUCAGGCAAUGAGCGCGUACAGUGAUAUAAACGGACGCCCAUUAAAAUGCCCCGAAGAUUUAUCUAAAAGCGGAGUAACGUUAUACCUGGCUUAUUUAAUGGACAAAUUUGAAAAAUCAACUUUUAGCAAAUGGAACAUCAGACCUGUGCUUCCUUCUCAGAAAGAGCUCCACCCACCGGGACUAACUGUAAUAGAAGACUUUAUUUCAAGCAGGAAAGAGAGAGAAUUACUGAGUUUUUUCACAAUGGAGAGUGAUGAUGACGCAGAGAAGCCAAUGAAACAUAGAAAAGUAAGACAUUUUGGUUAUGAAUUUAUUUAUGGAAAGAACAACAUAGACAAAGACAAGCCACUUGAUGAGGAUAUUCCUGAUAUUUGCAAGCCAAUUAUUGAUAAAAUGGUAGAUGAUGGUAUUAUUUCAUGGAGACCUGAUCAACUCACUGUAAACCAAUAUGAAACUGGACAAGGUAUACCUCCACAUACAGAUACACACUCAGCUUUUGAAGAUGGAAUAUUAUCUCUAAGUUUGGGAUCUCAGGUUGUCAUGGAUUUCUGUCACCCAGAUGGCCAAGAACGUCCUUUGAUAUUGCCAAACCGGAGUCUUUUGGUGAUGAAAGAAGAAAGCAGGUAUCUUUGGACCCAUGGGAUAACACCAAGAAAGACUGACAUUGUUUUAGAGACCCCUGAGACAUCGUUGGUACAUGAUAAAUUGGAUGAAGUUGUACAAAUGGGAGACCAGUCAGGAUGGCUUACGCUAAAGGAAAGGUGUUUCAGAAUGUCAUUAACAUUUCGAAAGGUAUUGAGAGGCGAGUGUAGUUGUAAAUACCCAGAGAAAUGCGACUCACAAAGCUAUCAAACACGACAGAAAGGAUCGAACAUUAGUGACAAAGAGGGCGUUUUUGUGCCAAAGACUGAUGCAGAGGCACGUAUGCUAGAAGCCUCCCAUGUUCAUGAUGUUUAUGACGAGAUAGCGGACCAUUUUAGUGAUACAAGACAUUCACCAUGGCCGAAAAUUGCGAAUUUCCUUAAAGAGCUACGACCAUAUUCUAUGGUUGCUGACGUUGGUUGUGGUAAUGGAAAAUAUCUUGGUGUAAAUAAAGAUCUGUUGACUUUUGGGUCUGACAGAAGCAUUAACCUGAUUAAGAUUUGUCGCGAAAGAGGGCAUUCUGCUAUUGUCAGUGACAUCCUGUGUUUGCCAUAUCGUUCAAGCACUUUUGAUGUUGCAAUUAGCAUAGCAGUUAUUCAUCAUCUCUCCACAAAGGAAAGGCGUGUUAAUGCAGUGAAAGAGAUUGUGCGUAUAGUCAAACCAGGUGGGCUUGUGUUGAUAUCAGUAUGGGCUCAAGAGCAAGAUAAAGAUCCGACUUGUGGAGGACCACAUCACAUAGAAAAAACGACUGAGGAUCCUAAUACUGCAAGUUAUGGCAAUGGUAAGACUUACAGUAGUGCAAACGUAUCUGGAGUAGUCAACAAGGAGAUAGACGAUGGUAAAGAAGAGAUAUUGGAAGUUGGUUUGUGCGGUGACAAAGAGGCAAGGCCUUCUAUGUCAAGUACCCAGAAAGAUGAGCGAGAAAAAAUUGAAAUUAACGAGAAACGAAAUGUCUUUCAGCAGCAAGAUUUGCUUGUUCCGUGGCAUUUUAGAGGAAAGCAAAACGGGGCUAAGACUGAAAACGUUUCUUCCAACCCUGAUGUUAAACAAACUUCUAAAAAUGAACAUGUUUACCAUAGGUUUUACCAUGUAUUUGUUGAAGGCGAACUUGAAGAGCUUUGUGAAUCAGCGGGUGGGGUUGAAAUUGUUAAAACGUAUCAUGAUAGAGGAAAUUGGUGUGUUAUUCUCAAGAGGAAAUAGCAUUUGUAUUCUUAUCCAAUGAUACUUUAACAGGGUUGUAUUCACAUUGGAUAAAUUUAUAGAGUAUUCAUAUUGUUUGAAUAAUUAUUUUCUAAUUUGUUUUAAUCACAAUUCCAUUCUCUCUCUAUGUUUUCAUUUAUUCGAUAAAAUGAUUUCAUCAACUCUUAUUUCAUUUUACGUUUUAAAUAAAAUGCUUUUUCAACAUUGGGAUACCUCCUCAGCAAGUUGACUCGCAUUUCAAAAUCUAGCACUAUCGGUGGCAAGACCAGCUUGAAGUUUAGCAAAAUACAAAUCAAUUUGAUCUUAUUCAGGAGGUUUAUCUAGUCAGUUCCAAAAGAAGAUUCUUGAUUUAUCUACGUGGACACAUUUAAAAAAUCUAGAGAAGAUUUUGCAGACCAUACAAUAGAAGUUUCCAAAACUUUUAAAAAGUUUCCAAGACCUGUAUAUUAUUUUCUUUACACAUGAUAACAUUGUGAAAUCUCCUGUGCAUAGAGGAAGUCAAAUUUGUAAAAUGCUUUGCAGUAACAGAAUGACUUCUGAAAGCUGUUAUGCGGUUUGGAGUGAAACAAUUAACAUUGUUGUUUGGAACAGAGGAGAAAUGUUUGACAGCAAAAAUGAAAAGUAAAUUUCUGGUUUCGUUUAGGAUUGGAGUUUUACUGAUUUGAUAGCUUUGCAAAAAUUGAUUGCUACAUAAAAAAUUCAACAUUUUGUCAGUUAGCCAUAUAUUUGUUUGAUGUUUGAUGUUUGAUGAAAAGGUCAAAAUUAGGCAAAGUUGAAAUUUAUGACUGACCAAGACCUAGUAGACCUAAUUCUUUACAACUUAGAAUUUUACGGAAAUAAUGAAAUUUAAAUAGUUACACUGUAUCUUUUUUGUAUUCAACAGUGGUAAAUUGAUGAAAUAAAAAAUCUUGAAUUUUUUAAUUUGGAUGAUAUGCAUACAAUGUUACAUUAGGACAAGUUGUUAUUUGUUAUGUAGCGAGUUGAAAUAUCAAAUGGAGUAGUAAGUUAACCGCCUCUGUGCCACCCAAUGCCAUUGAAACAUUUAAAAGAUAACAAACAACUCAAUAUAUGUGCAUAAACCCUCAAAAUGAAAGAAGA